AUGGCGGUCAAAACGUUCUCCAGUUUCCUUUUCGGGAUUUUUGCCAUCUGCCUCUGGGCUGGCCACAUGCUCGGAGCACAAGCUGCUCCCGCACCUAUUACGGAUUCCCUCAAUCGGAGGCAAUCAGCCACUGACAAGCUAGUAUUUGCGCAUUUCAUGAUUGGUAUUGUGGGCAACCGGGGAUCCUCGGCUGACUUCGAUUAUGAUAUGCAAAAGGCCAAGGCCAUAGGCAUCGAUGCAUUUGCGCUCAACAUUGGAGUUGAUGACUACAUCGACACCCAGCUGGGAUUCGCCUACGAGUCAGCGGCUCGCAAUGGCAUGAAAGUUUUCAUCUCGUUUGAUUUCAACUGGUGGCAUCCGAGCACCCAAGCUGCCGACGUAGGACACAAGAUUACUCAGUAUGCCUCCCUUCCCGCACAGCUGAAAAUCAACGGAAGAGUCUUUGCCUCGAGCUUCAUUGGGGAUGGCCUUGAUGUAGCCCAAAUGAGGGCAGCAGCGGGAGUUGACGUCUUCUGGGCGCCCAACUUCAACCCUUCCCAGACUCCAAACAACGGGGCCCUCGACUCGGCAUUCAACUGGAUGGCAUGGCCAAACAACGGGGCCAACAAAGCCCCCCAACCUGGACAGAGUUUUUCCGUGGCUGACGGGGACAACGCCUACAAAGCGUGGUUGGGUUCCAAGCCAUAUAUGGCCCCAAUCUCCCCGUGGUUCUCUACCCACUUUGGCCCCGAGGUUAGCUACAGCAAGAACUGGGUGUUCCCAGGAGAUCUUCUCUGGUAUAACCGGUGGAAUGAGAUUCUGACGUUGGCUCCCCGCUACGUCGAGAUCAUCACCUGGAAUGACUACGGGGAGUCCCACUACAUUGGCCCCCUUGACUCGAAGCAUACCGACGAUGGAAACUCCAAGUGGGUCAAUGACAUGCCGCACGAAGGAUGGAUGGACCUAGCAAAGCCGUUCAUUGCAGCCUACAAGGCAGGUGCCAGCAAGCCUGAUGCCUACAUCAGCGAAGAUCAAAUCAUUUACUGGUACCGACCGACCCUCAAAUCCUUGAACUGCGAUGCCACCGAUACUACCCUGCAGGAUGCCAACAACAGCAGCGGGAACUACUUCAAGGGAAGACCAAAUGGAUACGAGACCAUGGAGGAUGCCGUGUUUGUCGUCUCUCUCUUGAAGACCGCCGGGCAGAUCAAGGUGACGUCUGGCGGUAAUUCCGCUGUCACCUACCAAGUCCCCGCAGGUGCUUUUGCACAGAAGAUUCCGAUGGGCGUUGGGAAGCAAAGCAACACAUGCCCUUGUGGUAUCUACAACUUCAACGCAUUUGUCGGCCAGCUGCCUUUCAAGACAUUUGGGUCACUGGAUUCGCAAGGUCUGACUUCUCUGACUGUUGGACUCCAUGUGAGCACUUGUCAGCCGACUCCUACCUUGAUCGGUACUGCGCCCCCAUCAAAUGAUCCCCAGCCUACGAACAAUCCGCCUACUUCAAGCACGAUCCCGACUCAAACCGUCACCACAGCACCUCCUGCCUCUACCCCAACCAACUGCAACGGCGGCACGGUUGCUGACGGGGAGUCGCCAAACCUUCCGGUCUUUGCGACUUUUCGUGCUCUCAGGGCUACUGCCCACCUGGACCCUGCAAGUGUACUUCGUUCGGUACGCCGGGAUGGAGUGUGA